UUGAACUUUCAGGUGACCAUCUGCGUGAUUUCGGUAGAUCGAUAUCUGGCCGUGACACGACCACUUCGCUACAAAUCUUUGGUGACAAAGACCAAAGUUAUACUUGUUAUGAUAAUCAUAUGGACAUUUUCAUCGUCUAUACUGCUUACUACCGUUCGAUGGGAACAACCGCCGUGCUAUGAUGAUUCAAUUUGUUUUGCUGGGAACGAAAUUCGCUAUCUGGCACACAGUGUGGUGUUCGCCUUUUUUCUGCCAGCCUCGUCAUCCGACACGCUUCGGGUCCACUUUGGGAAGAACAGCGGCAUGGUGGAGCAUCAGCGUCGAGUUUUACGGACGCAUGAGCGCAUCGCGAAGACUCUUGGUGUCGUCUCGUGUUCCUUUCUCUUCUGCUGGUUACCAUUCUUCAGUCUCUACUUGACAAAUUACAAAUGCCAAGGAUGCAUCUCGCCGAUCGCCAUCGACCUUACCAGUUGGUUAGGUAUGUCACUGAUUUGA